AGUUACCUUACAGAGAGAAGGGCACGUACCUACCUAGGUAAGUAGCUGUCGGCAACAGCAUCCGUUGUCGUCCCAUCUUAUCAGAUAUUUUGCCAUGUCAUCGCCGGUGUUCAAGUGUGUGUGUGUGUGUGAGAAAGAGAGAGAGAGAGAGAGAGAGAGAGAGAGAAAGAAAGAGAAGGAUUGGGCAGGAAGGAAACUGGGAACCACCCCACCCCUGCCACCUUCUCUGUGCUGUGCUGUGCUGCUUGCUUCUUCUUUUUUCCCCCUACUGCGUACCCAAGCUCUGCAUCCCUACCUUUUCUUCGAUGCCACCAUCUCCAGGAUCGCAUCUGCACGACGCCAAGGGAAACAAAAGUAUCCGCAUCCGAUAGACGGAGAGAAAGGAAGCGUGCUUGUCGAAUACCCAUUACCUACCUGGUCCACUGAAUGCUACGCUGCAUCUCCUCGCCUUGCUUCACCAUCCAUGGCUGCGAUCCAGCCCAACCACCCCGUUUACGCAAUGAGAGACAGAGCCGGGUUGGUUCCCCCAUCGUCAUCGCUCACUGCUCACCACCCAAUCCAGUCCCAUCCCAUCCCAUCCCAUCCCGUCUCGUCCUGUCCUGUCUUGUCCUGUCACGUCUUCACCGAGUAAUUAGGUACCGCCUUGCACCUUGCACCCUGACCUGGGACCUGGACCUGGACCUGGACCUGGACCUUGGGGGGUUGACGACGGCCUUGCCUUGCUUUUUUACGACUGCUAACCCGCCUGGCCAUGCCAUGACUUGCUGACCCAAGGGGCCAAACACCCGACCUGCAUUGGUUCUGUUUCUGCUUCAAGCUCACUCGUUGGCCCAUCCACUCUCACCCACCCACUCACUCACUCACUCACACCUGUGACCUCGUACUUGUUUAUUUAACUACCCUCCCCAUCCCAACCACCCGCCCGGAUUCGUCUGAACAGCCUGUCUGUCUGUCUGUCU